AGUUGAAAACAAAGUUUGAGUGAAGAAUGAAGAAUCAUUUCAGAAUUUAUUUGGCUGCAAUUGUUUGUUUGAUUUUGUUGACAAAUGUUUCAACAAAAAAAUCUGAACCUGAAUCAGAAGAUUCAACUGAAGGUAACGUUGACGAACAUUCGUGUGAUAGUGGCUCAGGAACUUGCGUAGACAAAUGCGAUGAAUCUCUUACGAUUGGUACUGAUCCUGAUUGCGAAUCAGGAAAAGUUUGUUGUGCAAGAAAAUGCCUUUUGUCCGGAAUUCAGGGAAUUAACGGAAUUUGUCGACCUCAAAGUGAAUGCAACGCCUUGUUUCCUGAUAAACUCUUUUGGAAGGACGAUUGUAGAAAAGAAGAAAAAUGUUGUUUCCAACUUCCCCCCAGAGAACCUCCCACACCAUAAGUAAUGUCAUACCUACAUGAUUAUUUUCUUUCCUUUUUAUGUCAAUCUUAAAAAAAAUUUAGAAAGUAGGAAAACUAGUGCAGCAUACUUUUGAUAGUACGAAAUUGGAGAUCACGAAAAACGCAUCGUUAGAUCAAGAAAAUUUUUGAUGCAAUGAUAAUUAAGAUUACAAAAAAUUAUCGCACUAUCGAAAAAUUGUCUUAUCAAGAGAGCGGAUUAUCAAAAAUAUAUUGUAAUUAAAAUAAAUAAACAAUAUCUCUAUUCCUUU